AUGACUCAACUUCAAAAUUUACCAACAAAUAAAGGGCGGACGAAAGGUCAACAUUUCAUGACAGAUUAUAGAAAUAGCAAACAAAUUAUUAUGAACAUUGCGGAGAAAAUUCCUAAGAACACUAAUUCUAAAGAAUAUUCAGUCUUGAAAGCCCCAGAUUUUGUAGUUUCACUAGCUGCACUUGAUGUUGUGGAGGAUGAUUCUGUAAUAGUUGUUGCUGUGGACGAGGAAGUGCCAGUAGAAGUUGUGAUGCUUAAUCCACUCGAAGUUGAGGAUACCGAGGCCGUAAUCUGGGUCGUCGUUAUUGCACUUGAAGUUGUAUUUUCUACUGCUUCUCCACAUUGUUAUUGGAGGCGUACGAGAAAUUCAUCUGGAGAAUAUGAGGUGAAAGAAUCGGAGUUGUCUGAGGGAAAGCCUGACCAAUCGAAGGAUAUUGUCGAAUGA